CCGACAGUGAGAGCGAGAUGGCAGCUGUCCUGGGGAAGUGUGCGCGUCUUUCUGCCGCCGUGUCGCGAAAUGUAAGCCCUUUCAGCGGUCUGUUGGGGGUGCAAGGAAUCAGUGCACGUGUCUCAAGGCUGCACACGUCCCCGGGAAAACUGACAGCCAAGUUCCAGAAAGGGAGGCACCAAAAAGUUUUGCUUGGCGGCGUGGCAGCCGUCGCUGGCGUUGGUGUUCUGGUUUACUUCAAAAAAUCAAGAUUCUGGAUUUUACACGCAGCGAGUGGUGAACUACAGGGAGGAGACAGGAAGGCGGGACUGCCAGAGUACAGCCUGAAAGAUGUCGAGAAACAUAAAGGAAAUGGCAGUCGCAUCUGGGUGACGUACAAACAUGGCGUCUAUGAUAUCACCGAAUUUAUAGAUCUGCACCCUGGAGGAGAAAAGAUAAAGCUUGCUGCAGGUGGCUCAUUAGAACCAUUUUGGCAUUUGUAUGCUGCACACAAAAAACCUGAAGUCUACGAAAUCUUGGAGACUUAUCGCAUAGGGAACUUCAAGGAUGCUGGAAAGGUUGCUUUGAAGGACGCUAGCGACCCAUAUCGAUUUGAUCCAGAUCGCCAUCCAGCACUCAAGCGAAACACAGAAAAGCCAUUCAACGCAGAGAGCCCACCAGAACUUUUGGUGGAUAAUUUCAUCACUCCUAGCAGUUUAUUUUUUGUACGGAAUCAUCUGCCAGUGCCUGAGGUGGAUAUGAAAAAGUACAGAUUAGUGAUUGAAGUCCAGGGCAAGAAACCAAUUUCACUUUCUCUGCAGGACCUGAAGAAGAAAUACAAAAAGCAUACAAUUACGGCAACACUCCAGUGUGCUGGGAACCGCAGGAAAGAGAUGUCAAGUCAAAGACCUGUCAAGGGACUGUCUUGGACUUUCACUGCCAUCAGCAAUGCCGAAUGGUCUGGUGUCCUCCUAGUGGACGUUUUGAAGGCUGCAGGUGUCUCCCUCGAUGAUCCCAAAAACUGCCACGUACAAUUUGAGGGUCUUGACAAGGACGAGUCAAACAACCCGUAUGGUGCUUCUGUACCCAUUGAGAUAGCAAUGAACCCUUUCAGAGAGGUUCUCUUGGCUUAUGAAAUGAAUGGAGAGGAUAUCCCCACCGAUCAUGGGUAUCCUGUCAGAGUGAUUUGCCCCGGGAUAGCAGGAGCCCGCAAUGUGAAAUGGCUGUCAAAGAUUGUGGUUAGUCCCGAUGAGAGCCCCAGCUUCUGGCAGCAGAGGGAUUACAAAAGUUUCAGUCCAUCCAUCGACUGGGACACAGCGGACUUCUCAAAGUCUCCAGCUCUGCAGGAUUUUCCCAUCACAUCUGCCAUUUGCGUCCCCAGCGCGGGGCAGAAAAUUGAUGGCGAAGAUGGUGAGAUUACUUUGAAGGGCUAUGCCUGGAGCGGAGGUGGACGAGGCAUCAUGCGUGUCGAUAUUUCAGCCGACGGCGGAAAGACUUGGCAAGUUGCCAGUCUUCAAAAACCUGGCCAGAGGCCCUAUCAGGAGUGGUCUUGGACCCUCUGGGAAGUGGACGUCCCCAUCCCUGAGGGUUUCAAAGGGAACAUGGAGCUGAUAUGCAAGGCUGUGGAUUCCUCGCACAAUGUUCAACCCGACUCUGUAGCUGGAAUAUGGAACCUGAGAGGACUAAUGAAUAACUCAUGGCAUAGAAUUAACGUGGAGGUGAAUUAGAUAAAAUUUGAUUCAGACCAUUAAUUUUUUGUCACAUCAGAGUAUCAGAGAUUACUAAAAUUCAUCUCUCAGUUGCAAUAAAAAAACGUCAGGUUUUCUUCUUUUGGAGAUAACAUUGGUUGUAUCCAGUCUUACCUUUGCUGUGGAGCAACCUCUACUGUCUUUGUUGUUGUUGAUUUAUAAUUUAUUUUUGUCUCCAUUGAUUUGGGAGCAGGAAAAAAUUAUUUCUUGUCAGAGAAAAAAAUGUGAUUUGGUGGGAAUAUCCCAUAUAGGAUGACUCAACUUUAAUUAUUAUAAAAUUAUUGAUUGAUAAUAUUAGAUAAUAUCUCUUGUGGUUAAUGACAGCAAUGAAAACUGUUUUCUUUUCUUAUUUAAGGUGGUUGAUCUGUUUUUGGUAAUGUUUUAAUACAUACAAGGUCAUUUUUUAAUCAUUAAUAGGAUAAUUUUAUCUUACUUUUUUAUGAGUGACAAAAAUGAACAGGCUAGUUUCUUUUUUGAUGUUUUUAUCUAUCAGUUGCUUGCUCUUUCUACACAUUGAUAUUGAACUUAUAUAAACUCAAUAAAGAAUUGUAAUUGUAGCAUUGUUCAUGGAAUUUAGAAAGCAUAGUUUCCAUCA